AUGUCUGAAAUGAGUAUAUCAUCUCGCCCGUUCUCUGAUGAACCUGAGAUUUUGUACGAGUCUCGAUGGGCCAUUAAUCUGUGUAGGGCAACACACCUUGUUGGUGCCUUGAACUUUCCAACAACACAGAAUAUUAACUUAUUGUGGCAUAUGAACACGGAAACCCGGAGAAUUAUUACUAUUUGGUCGUCGGUAUUAACCCAGAUCAAGCGAGAGAAGUUGGGAUUUAAAGAACUCUGGCUAUGUGCCCACCAACGUGAUUAUGAGGAUGCCAUGACAGCUCUUACACCUCCACAAAUCAGUACACAGAAUAGAACUCGCAAGACCUCCACCUUGGUGUUCGGGAUCUGGUGUAUAUUCCAGCUCAUGCAUGUUGUGCCAAGGUUAUUCCCCCGCUCCAAUAUCAACACGAUUCCCCGGGAGCUUGAUGCAUACGAGUUUCUUCAUGCGCUCAGCAUUCUUCGUUGGGGGCGACGCGUUCGGUACAGGGUUUCGAGGGUGGGAAUGACAAAAGACGCGAAUCCGGUCAAGUGGCACCGCGAUCCUAAUGCUGACAGAUUGAUUAUUUCAUCCCCGGUGUCUCCCAUUGCCAUCGAAGAGCCAGCAACAUCACUGGCCUCCUCAAACACUGCAAACACACCUGAGCGCGGGCAUGCGCUUCCAGCCGCCUCGGGGGACGAUAAUAUUAGUAUACCUAAACAAGGAGCCCUCAGUGAUUCUACCGGCACUCGUGAAGUACUGUAUCGGUUUGCUGGCAAGCUAUGCGAGCAACUUCAGCAGGUUCGACUCUCGGUGGAGUCUGACGAAGCUGAAAAGGAUGAGAAUGGCAACAUGCAGUUUUCUGGUAUCGAUGAACUGGUCGAGAAAUAUGCCCAGACAAUUGAACGGAGUUGCAUCGGGGCUAACGCGACCAAUAAUCGAGCUCUUGUCCAGCUCGCCAGCCACUGUGCUCAAAUGGGAAAUCAGAGCGCCAAAGAGACGGGCCGUGGAGUAGACCAUCCCGGCAAACUUUUCCAGGCCGCUCCAAAGAUACAGAUCAGCGUGCGAAAUAAUGGUGUUUCCAAAAGCAGGACUCGGCCAUCGAAAGUUUACAAGACAGGAUCGGAUGAACGUAUCCAGGCGGCACUCAAUUCGGAAUUGGCAGAUACAUUGAAAUCACCAGAUCAGUUGGAUUCAGUCGACUCCAAGACAGCAAUUGAGUUGAUUUGA